AUGACGAACCACCCGCCUGGCCGCUGUUGCCGAGGGAUAAACGUGGGGGGCCGAGGAACUGCUCGACGUCCAUGUUCUGCAUCUCUCUCAACACUCAACACCGUGACACCGCGAUCCGCUGCUGCAACCCAUGUCCCCCUCGGCCUCGCCCCCGACGCUGCCGUUGCCUCUGUCGCUGCCGUUGCCUUUGCCGCUACCGUUGCCUUUGUCAUGGAAAUCUCGAGUCCGCAUCCACUGAGGUUGCUGGCAUGGACCGCCGUCGGUCUCGUCCUCGUCUCCUUCGCCACCCCCUUCAUCCGCCGAUUCUUGGCCCGGCGACAGUUUGCGCGCAGCCAUGGCUGUCGGCCAAUUGCCAAAUCUUGCAACAGGGACCCGUUCCUGGGCCUUGACAUGAUACGUGCCAACCUGCGAGCUGCUCGGGACCACAAGGCCCUCGAAACGAGCCGCGAGCGGUAUUCCCGUCUCGGCAAUACCUUCACCUCGAGGCAGCUCAUGACUCCCGUCAUCAUGACCAUCGAGCCCGACAACAUAAAGACCAUCCUCGCGCUCAACUUCAAGGACUACGGCGUCCGUCAUCGUCUGGAACGAUUCAGCCCGCUCCUCGGCGCCGGCAUAUUCGACACCGAUGGCGACCACUGGGCGACGUCGCGCGCCCUCAUCCGACCAAACUUCGCCCGUGACCAGGUGGCAGACCUGGCAUCGUUUGAGAGGCUGAUCCCUGAUCUCUUCGCCCUAAUUCCACGGGAUGGACACUCUGCCGUCGACCUCCAGGAGCUCUUCUUUCGCUACACCAUUGACUCCGCCACCGAGUUUCUCUUUGGCCAGUCAGUCGGCAGCCUGAAGAGGACGGCCCAGACGGAGCUGGAUUUCGCCGAGGCCUUCAAUUAUGCACAGGACGCCAUCAGAACGCGUAGCAUCCUGGGACCGCUGGCCAAGUUCUACCGCGACCCCAAAGCCGACAGGUGCAAUCGCAUCUGUCGCCAAUUCGCCCAGCAAUUUGUCGACGAGGCCGUCCGCGUGCCUCGGCCCGACGGAGACGUGACGGACAAGUCGGAUAUGCCAGGCCAGAAAUACAUCUUCUCACACCAGCUCGCUAUGCGCACCUCGGACAAGCGCCGCAUCCUCGACGAGCUCAUGAACGUGCUCCUCGCUGGUCGCGACACCACCGCCAGCCUGCUGAGCAACAUGUUCUUCAUGCUUGCCAAGCAUCCGGCCGUCUGGGCCAAACUCCGACAAGAGGUAGCAUCCUUGUACGGCCGAGUCCCGACCUAUGAGAUGCUCCGCAAUCUCAAGUAUCUCAAAUGCUGCAUGAGCGAAUCGCUACGCCUUCAUCCCGUCGUGCCAAUGAAUGCUCGUGAGGCCCUGCGAGAUACCGUCUUGCCGCUCGGCGGUGGGAGUGACGGCCUGUCGCCGGUAUUCGUGGCAAAGGGGACGCAGGUUGCUUACAAUGUGUAUGCCAUGCACCGACGGCCUGAUUUCUACGGGCCCGACGCCCACGAAUUUCGCCCUGAGCGCUGGCAGAGCAAGCAGAUGCAACCACGAUGGGAGUAUCUUCCCUUUAACGGAGGGCCGCGCAUAUGUGUCGGCCAGCAAUACGCCCUCACCGAAGUUGGAGACGUUCGCAUAGCACAGGAAUUCCAAACCUUGGAGAGCCGUGACCCGGCACCGUGGGAGGAGUCACUGACCUUGACGCUGUGCUCCCGGAAUGGAACAAAAGUUUGCCUUGUGCCAGCAUGA